AUGGCUGACUUUGAAGAUAAUAAUCCAUUUGCAGGGGGCGAUACACGUAGCGAAGUAUCAUCUGAAGCUCUGCAUUAUUCAAUUCACAAUGAAAACAAUAAUCCAAAUGAUGAUCCUGAGGAUGGAGAUUCCUUUAAUGAUCUAGGUGGUGAGGGUGAUGAUGAUGAUGAUGAUGUUGACGACGGCGAUUCUCAUAGUGGCCCUGGCGAGGACGAGUCUACGUCUGGUGGUCCUGAAUCAAGACAGCAUUCUCGUUCAUACGCAUCUCGUGUGGAGCAACUUCUAGCAGAGAAUCCAAAGGUACAAAUCACGAUUGUCAAUGCUGGUAAAUCUCAUGAAGGCAAUUCGAGAGGAUUUAUCGCUUAUACUAUUAAAAUUCACGAUCUCACAGUCCGAAGAAGGUAUUCUGAGUUUGAAAGCUUGCGCACCACUCUUACCAAACUGUUUCCUACCUUGAUUGUACCUCCGAUUCCGGAGAAGCAUUCUAUGUCAGACUAUGCUGUGUCUCCUACUAAAGCCAAAGAAGAUAGUGGGAUAAUUGAACAUAGACAUCGAAUGUUGGCAGUAUUUCUUAAUCGAUGUUGUCAUAUGAAACGGAUUCGCAAUAGCUCAGUUUUCCAACGGUUCCUUGAUCCUAAUUCAAGCUGGAGUGAAGUGCUAAACUCGCCUCCAGUUUCAAAUUUACCGAAGAAUAUUUUGAAAGCACCUCCUUUAGACCCUUCAUCGCCUACAGCCGCUCAUGCUUAUUUGCCAAUUCCUAGUUCCUCGGCCAAGCUUGCAACUGGAGGUAGUGGUAGUUCUGGCAUUGCUGCUUUGACUGGUAGAAGAAGCUCACUUGAUGAGUCAGAUAUUCACUCAGCAAGUUCUCACAAUGAUGGUCAGUCGGCGGCUGGGACUGCAGCCAUUUCUACAGAAGCUGCUGGUGAGACUAGUGCUACAGCCACAUUUGAUGAAGUCGAACAAAAUGCCAAAGAGUACGAGACAGUGAUAGUAGGUGGUCUUGAGAAGGUGAAUCGAAGAAUUAUAAAGCGGUAUUCGGACAUUGCCAGUGACUACUCUGAAUUAGGUGCCAAGUUCAACGCAUUCAGCUUGGAGGAAUCGGGUCCAUUGGCUAGAGCAGUUGAAAAGGUGGGACAAGCGGUAGAUGAUAGUUACAUGGCAAUGGAGGCGCUGGUUAAUUCAUUGUCGUCCUCUUUUAGCGAGCCACUAGGUGAGUCGGCACAAUUUGCAGCUGUGGUUCGCUCGGUAUUAAAGUACCGAAGACAGAAAUCACUGCAGCACGAACUCACUGCUGAUAGCUUAGCAUCAAAACGAAACACUCUUGCAACACUGGAAAGAUCCGAACAUGAGGCGCAGAGAAUCAAUCAUUAUCUCCAUGGCGAUAACGAUGUUAAUAGUAACGGCAACGAGUCUGAUGCGUCGUUUCCUCCAACUCAUGAGCCAUCGUCUGUACCGUCGAGUGCCUCAACCAAGCCCAAAAAGGCAUCUUCUGCAUUUAAAUUCCCAGGUCUGAAUAAUCUCAACCAGGCUAUCCAUGGCAUCAUAGAUGUGGAUCCUGAGACAACUCGUCGUAACAAUAUUGGUAAAACUCGUGAGCAGAUAAGUCAGCUCGAAGAAGCGCUUGUUGUUGCCAAAUCAGACGCUGUACUAGCCAACGAGUCGGUCCGUGAAGAACUCGAGCGGUUCCAAAAAACCAAGGAAGAAGACCUUCGCAGAAUCAUGAACGCAUAUCUACAGUGUCACAUAGAAUGGGCAAAAAAGAACCUCGAAAGCUGGCAGGAAUGUCGUCAAGAGGUAGACAAACUCUAA